GCGGAGCGUCGCCGCCCGGCUCGGCCCGACCCGGCGCCAUGGAGGGGAUCGGGCGGGCCGCGCCGGCGGAGGACGCGGUGUGCUACCGCCUCUUCGCGGCGGCGGGCUCGGGAGGCGAAGCGCUGCUGCGCCGCUGGGCCGAGGGGAUCGUGGUGCGCUUCGCGCCGCUGCUGGCCGCCUACAUCUGGCAGCGGCAGCCCUUCCGCCUGCGCUACGUGCCGCCGCGGGGCGAGACGCCGGCGCACAUCGGCGGCACCACGCUGUUCGGGGAUAACGUGGAGGACGAGUGGUUCAUCGUCUACCUCGUCCGGGAGAUCACCAGGGAGUUCCCGGGGCUGGCGGCCAGGAUCGAUGACAACGAUGGUGAGUUCCUCUUGAUAGAAGCAGCUGAUUUUCUCCCAAAGUGGCUGAAUCCUGAGAAUAGUGACAACAGGGUGUUCUUUUACAAAGGAGAACUGCACAUCAUUCCACUGUCAGAGACUCACAAGCAGGAAUGCGACCUAUCUGCUGCCAGUCCAACAAUCUCGCAGGCGUUAACGCUGUUAUCCACCUGUUCAGAGGAGUUCCUGGCUGCAGAACCCAUUAGAACAGCAGUAUAUAAACGCAUCAGUGGGUAUCCUGAGAAAAUUCAGGCCUCAUUUCACCGAGCCCACUGCUACCUUCCGGCAGGCAUUGUGGCAGUGCUGAGGCAGCGCCCUUCGUUGGUGGCUGCAGCAGUCCAGGCGUUUUACCUGCGAGAUCCUGUAGAUUUACGAGCAUGUCGCUCUUUUCAAACUUUCCCUCCGGACAAUCGUGUGAUGACUGUAGUUACUUUCACAAAGUGUUUAUAUGCACAACUGGUGCAGCAGAAGUUUGUUCCGGAUAGACGCAGUGGAUACACUCUGCCCCUCCCAUCUCAUCCUCAAUACAAAGCCUAUGAACUGGGCAUGAAACUGGCUCAUGGCUUUGAAAUUUUGUGCUCCAAGUGCAGCAAAGUAUCUCCUGAUUCCAAGAGAAAUGUGUUAAGCAGUCCCCUGUGGGUGAGAUUCCUCAGCAGCCUGAAGGAAAAAAAUUAUUUCAAGGGAGAAAUGGAAGGAUCUGCUAAGUACUUGGAACUGCUGCAUAUGGCAGAAGAUUACUUCCAGCAAUCUGUUACCAAGCCAGAAAGCUCUGUUGAGGUGAGCCCAGGUGAUGAAAUCUUGACAUUGCUACACACAACAACCAUUGAUCUGAAGGAAUUUGAGAGAGAAGCAGCUUGUCUUCCUCCAGAGGAUGAUGACAGUUGGCUGGAGAUUACACCAGAUGAUCUAGAUCAGAUGCUGAAGGAGGCAAGAAAUGAGUCCCUUCCUUCCUCAAAUGAGGAAGAGCAGAAGUAUGACUUGGAAGCAGUUGCUGAAAGUAUGAAGGCUUUUGUAUCCAAAGUCUCAACGCAUGAAGGAGCAGAAAUGCCAUGGUCAUCUGAUGAAUCCCAUGUUACCUUUGACGUAGAUUCUUUUACAAAAGCGUUAGACAGAAUUUUAGGGGCAGACUCAGAAGAGCUAGAUUCUGAUGAUCUGGAUGAAGAGGAGGAGUUUGAUUUCUCAGAUGAGGAUGAUGAAGACCUAGAUGCUGAAAAUCGAAGGCAAGACCAGAAGGUAUCGCCUAAUGAGCUGAUAGGCAGUCUCAAGUCGUAUAUGAAUGAGAUGGACCGUGAACUGGCACAUACCAAUGUUGGUAAAAGUUUCAUCACCCAAAAGAAAGAGGCAAGUUCUGUUAAUGCAACUACGACUCAAAAUGCUGGCCCUGAUACUGGAGCUGAAGAUACUGAGUUGACACCAGUUGAUGUGGAUAUGAACCUAGUAGCUAACCUGCUUGAAUCUUAUAGUGCUCAGUCUGGACUGGCAGGACCCACCUCUAACAUUUUACAGAGCAUGGGAGUGUAUUUACCUGAAAAUGCAGAUCAUGGUGGCUUUGAUAAGGGAGCAACAGAAUAAAAGACUGUCUUAAUUCAGAAGACAUGGCUGAUUGAGAAAUGAAGCCCAGAAAGACUAGCAGUAUGUGGAAGAAGAGACAAAAGGUUUGAAUUAAAAGCAUUUUAUGUAUUGGUUUUGUGUUGCUUUAAAGAUGCAAAGUGAAUUUACCUGCAAAAGCCGUCUGUUUGGGUACUGUCUUGGGUAGAAAUUGGAUUUUUUCCAGUGCUAACAUGUUCUGAAAAUGCUCCUGCCUUCAGGGGGAGAUAGAGGAAUACUGUAUUCCAGGAGCAGUGUUCUCUUGUGGAUUUGUGAACGCUGGUUAAAGGUUCAGCGGACACUUAAUCGCUUUUCCAAAAGUACAAUGCUUCAUUGUAAGAACUUCUGAUAAUUACUGUAAGAAUCUGUUCUUCAUUAAGCAGGAGGAUUUGAAGAGUAAUUGGAUUGAAUAUGUAAAUAUUGGAUAUAAGUAUUUUUUGAAUUUAUUUAAAUAAAAGCAGAAAUACAGCUUGA